CCAACCCCAAAAAAGUCGCGUUGGGCAUCCAAAUUCACCCCAAAACGACCAACGACCACAGAGCCAUCACCAAGCUUCUCGCUCGAGAAAAAAUUUGAGUUUCACACUCACACCCUCCUCGAAGACAAAAAGUUGAUCGCCAUUAUCAAAGGCCUUCAUAAUCAAAUGGCACUCCCAGAAAUUCAGGCCAAACUCGAGGAAUUAGGAUUCACCCCUUCAGAAAUCCAAUUCUAUAGAAUGGGCAACCGCAAAACGGCGACCAAUAUGGUCAAAAUGCUCCUCCCUAAGGAGCAGACCAGCAUCUUUGAGGUCAAGUACCUCCUAAAUCUCGCAGUAGCUAUCGAACCCCAAAGGCAUCCCCAAACAAACAUCAGGCACAUUCCUCAGUGCAAG